AUGAAUCAAGCUUUUCAAACUGGUUUUCCUCAGCAGCCACAAAGCUACCAACAAUUUUAUACAAACCCAUCUAAAGGCUCAUUUCCAGGAAUCACAAAAGAAGAAAUCAAGCUUUACCAAGAAGGAUUCAAAAAUAUGUGCGGAAAUAAAGGGCAUUUGUCUGGCAAAGAAGGCCGAGAUAUUUUGAUGAAAACACAACUUCCUGUACCUACAUUAAGGAAAAUUUGGGAAUUAUCUGAUCCAUUGGCUACUGGGAUAAUGAAAGAAGAGCAAUUUAUUAUUGCAAUGCAUAUAAUAGCAAAUGUAAGAUCAAAAGGGUACGAAGUGCCUGAUGCUCUCCCUGACUCACUAAAGCGGCUAGUUUAUAAAAAUGAAGAUUCAUCUCCUUUAUCUCCACCGCCACCUCCUCCUCCAUUCAAAGAAAAGCCUAAACCAGAAAAGCCUCCUUCUCCAAAGCCAGCACCUAAAGUCAUAGAAUUCACAUUUCCAAGUAUGGAUCAAUUUACUGUAAACCAGCCCCCUGCUCCACCACAGCCAAAAGUUCAGAAGCACUCCAAAAAUAGCUCAAUAAGAUCAUAUGAAGAUGUCCCUCGACCAGAAGAAGUCUCUAUGCCAAAAGACCACAUGGUGGCAGAACAGCUUGAAAAAAUAAUAAAAGAAAAAGAAAUAAUGAUCAAAAACAAAAAUGACUGACUAGCAAAUCUAAAAGAUAUGGCUGAAUAUGAUAAAAAUGAGCUAGAUCUUUAUAAACAAAAAAAUAAGCAGUUAGAAAAUAAGAUUAGAGAGCAAGAAGGCACACACACAAAAAUGCAAAAUGAGCUGUUUAGUGCAAAAAUUAAAUUUGAGGACAAUAUCAAAAAGAAGGAUGAUGAGCUGACUGAAAUAAAAAACCAAUUAGCCCAGCUGCAAGAAAUCAAUAAACAGCUGAUGGAAAGGAAAACUGUCUCACAGCUGAAAGAACAAUAUGAAAAUUAUGCAGCAAGGCAAGAAAGUAAAGCUGAAAAACCAAAGUUUGAAAAUAAGUCUGAAAAUAUAGCUGUUGAGAAGAAAGUGGAAGCUUUUAAUUUUAAUGCUCCAAAUGAAAAAUUUAAUUUUUCUCAAAAAGAUAAUACCAAUACAAUUGAAAGUAAAAAUGAAAAUUUUGAGUUUAAUGGGAAAGCAAAAUUUGAAACAGAAGUGAAAGAAAUUAAACCAAUCCAAGCAGCAGUAGAAGAUAAAUCAAUCAAGCCUGGUUUUCAAUUCGAAUUUUCAACGAAUGAAAGGAAAAUUGAGCCCUCUGCCUUGAACUUACCAUCAAUUGAAAAAUUUGAUUUCGAAAUUAGAUUAGAUUAAGCUCUUCGUCUUCACAGGCCGGAUUUCCAGCCCUACAUGCUCAUCGUCCCUGCAGACACACUUUUUCUCGCUGCAGACAACAAGCGAUUCACACGGCCGGUAUUGAAUUCUAUGACUCCUGGAGUCUAUGGGCCCACCACCUGGGUCGAAAUUUUCAGUUUAUCGUUAGGCAGAUACCACCACUUGAGCCAUGUUCGAGGGAUUUAUCUUUCACUCGGGGCUUUUGCUGGUCCUGCCCUCUCCAAUGAAGGUCUCAAAGGCAAAAAUUCAAAGCCCCAGGGAUUAGCAUCCUAGGACCCGAGAUAAAUCUGGCCCGAUAUACACAAAGAAUUCCUGGCCUCGCUCUGCCCUCCUCAUUCACCAUGGCAGGCGUUGAAGAAAAAGUGUCAGGAGGCCUGGCGGUCUGUUGUGACAUUUUUAUGUAUUUGAUUUCGAAGUUAAAGCCCCUAUCAAAGAAAACAAGGUAAUGCAAAAGCAAACUCACAUACCAGAACCUCAGAAAACGGCAGAAUCACCAAAAAUAAAAAUAGAGCCUGAUGAUUUUACAGUGUAUAUUUUUGCUUUCUGGACUUUUGACUAAUAUGAGAUUUAAACUACCCUAUUCUAAGUUGAAACAAAUAUAUGGGUAAAAUUUCAAUUUUUAGGUAAAUUAACCUUCUUUAUGCUUGUCCAAAAUUUUAAUUCUUAUUUAGCAUCGGUAAAUCGAAAAUUUGCCUCUAAUUUAUUCUAUUUAAAGAAUUAAUGCUAUUUAAACAAGCUAAUCCCUCCUUUAAAUUGGAACAAAAAUUUCUGUUUUAAUUUAAAGCGGGGUUAAUUGUCCAAAAAAUGAAAAUUUUCCUAUAGCAUAUUCCAAUUUAAAGUGGGUAGUAAAACACUUAAGAACAAAUGUCUGAAGGUAAAAAUUGCCAAAUUAUAUUCGAUAAAUCUAACUUUCAAAAAGUGCAGAGCGAAUAACUCGCAGCCAUUUUUACAGCUUUUCAAGAAAUUCCAAAUAAAAAGCCGGAUCUUCCAAACUUUGAUUUUAACCCUCAGGCUCUUUCAUUUGAAGAUAAGUCUAUUAUGCCUCCAAAUAUUGAUAAAAAGAUUGAACCAAAUUCAUUUCAGUUUGAACCUCCAAAGCCAGCUUUAAAAUCUGAAGGAUUUGGAUUUGACUUCACAAAUGCGCAGAAAAUAGAAAAUAAAAUUACUCCAAUGUUUGAUUUUAAUAUGGACAUAACAAAGCUUGAAAAUAAAAAGCCUGUCCCUGCCAAAGAAACUAGUAUUUUUGAUUUCCCAAAAGACGCCUUGGUCCAAAGAGCUACUCCAGUUAUUGAGCAGCCAAAAAAUGAUCCAAAUCCUACUAUUGAAAUAAAAAAUAAAAAUAAUAAAACUGCUGUUGAUCAAUUUCCUCAAUUUGUUUCGCCAGAUAAAAGUAAAGACCAAGCAAAUAUUAAACUGCCGGUUAAAAAUUUUAGCUUUGACAUGCCUAAAGAAAUCAAGUCUGAUAAAGAUUCAAAAUCAUCUUCUCCUUCUAUCCGAUCUGAAUCCCCCGAGUCAAGUUUCAAAUCUGAGCCAGUCACUUCUUCUUUGUUUUCCUUUGAUAUACAAAAACCUAAAGAAACUCAAAAGAUAAAUAUAGAUCCUUUUAAUAUUUCUCCCACAAGGCCCGCAGACCAGUUUAAAUUCCCAAUAGAUACAAAAGAGCUACCAAAACCAGCUGCUAAUGAAUUUCAAUAUAUACCUGAAAUUAAAAUUGUUAAAAACGUCAAUUAUUCAGCUAACUCCCCCCCCAUCCUUGAUCGAACGAUUGACUGUAAAAAUUCCUAAAAAUUGGGAAAAUUAACCCCCAUCCUUGAUCGAACGAUUUUCAUAUCAUGCAAAAUUUUAUAUAUAUAAAAAUAUAUUAAUUAUCAAAAGUUUGGGAAGAUGUGCAUAAUGAAGUUGUUUUCAGAGACUUUGAGACGACAGAAAGCUUCGGAAUCAACCAUUCGAAGUGAUUUUAGUCAUCAAUCACGGCUUAAAAACUCAAUAAUCUAAUAAAAUACAGAUUCUUUAAAAUUUUUAAAAAAAAAUUUAAUUUAAUAAGAAACAAAUUAAAAUUUAUACAGUUUAAAGGGGUAACUAAUAAAUCAAAAUAUUAAAAAUUGGUAUUUUUAUGAGAUUAAUUCAAUUUUUUGCUGUAAAAAUAAUUAUUAAAUACUCUUAACACUCUUAUUUAAAAGUAAAUAAAAAAUAUAUAUAUAUAUAUUUUAUUUUAUAUAUAAAAUUUUUUUUAACCCCCCAUCCUUGAUCGAACGACGGCGAGUCGUUCGAUCAAGGAUGGGGGGGAGUAAGGAAAAAGAAUUAAAACUAGAUGAGUCUUCUUCUAGCUCAAGUGAAUCUCUAGAGUAUGAAAAUGAAAAGCCUGAUUUUGACUUUAACUUGAAGCCUGAAGAUAUUCCUCAACCCAAAAUGGAUUUUGGAUUUGGCAAUGAUACGCCCAAGACAAAUGCUCAGCCUAAGCUUGAGUUUAAUUUUAACCAAGCCCCUGCAAAUAAUCCUCAGUCAAAAUUAGAGUUUGAUUUCAAUAAAGAUUCGCUUAAAUCUGACUUCAAUCAACCCCCAAAAAUUAGCCCGCAGCCAAAUAUAGGGUUUGAUUUUAAUAAAGAUGCGCCUAAAGUUGACUUUAAUCAAUUUCCAAAAGACAAUCCUCAGCCCAAAGUUGAUUUUAAUUUUAGUAAGGAUGCACCUAAAGCUGAUUUUAGCCAAACCCGAAAAGACAAUCCUCAGCCUCAAAUGGAGUUUAAUUUUAAUAAAAAUCCUCCUAAAGCUGAGCUUAACUUAGCCCCAAAAGAAAAUCUUCAGCCAAAGGUAGAUAUUGAUUACAAUAAUGCUCCUAAAGCUGACUUUAGCUUAGCCCCAAAAGAAAAUCCCCAGCCAAAGAUGGAAUUUGAUUUUAAUAAAGAUGCGCCAAAAGCCCCUCAAUUUGAUUUCAAUAAAGGAUUCGCGCAAGCUCCUCAGUUCGAUUUCAAUAAAGGAAUGCCAAAAAUCAAUAGUCAGCCGAAAGCAGAAUUUGAAUUUGGUAAAGAGAUUUCUCAGCCUAAAGCUGAUAACAGCCCUUCAUUCUCUUUCGAGUUCAAACCAGAUGAUAUUAAAUUUGACCCACAAUUUGAUAAGCUUAAUGGCCAAGGUUUUGAUUUCCAAAGUGCUCCAAUUGUAAAUGCUUUUAAAGGAGAUUUAUUUAAAAUAGAGACAUCAGCCAUUAAGCCUCGAAAAUCUCCUACAGAGCUUGAAUUUGAUUAA